AUGUACCAAGCAGCAUCACUACUGGCAGCACCAGCCAAACCAAGCCAGGUGAACGAUCCAGCUGCCACUCAAGUCUCGGAUUCUGAUGUCCCUAUGAAACUCGACGACGACAAUGCCAACAACCCCAGCACACAAAUGGACGAGAGAACCGCCGUAAGAACUCGGAACAUGUCUCACAGGCUGCUCACCGAUUUCCGCUCCGUCUCCCUGAAGUGUCAAAUCCGAGUCAGCCCGGAUAUGAAGCGGACCAUUUGCAAAUUCUGCGACACGCUGCUCGUAGAGGGCCAGACAUGCACCUCCACCGUCGAGAACACGAGCAAGGGCGGCAAGAAGCCGUGGGCAGAUGUCUUGGUUGUCAAGUGCCACACCUGCCACCGCGCGAAGCGCUUCCCCGUCAACGCGCCAAGACCACAACGGCGGCCCCUGCGUACGCCCAAAGAAGAAGCAUCGCAGCGGGAUACUGCCCAACAGCCGCUGCCCCAACCACAGAAAGAUCCUUGA